GGGUCUGUUAACUCAUUGCUGAUUUCCCUGGCAAAUAAACCAGCAGCUGCUGGACCAAGCACUGACUUAGCACUGAGAAGAAGGUGAUAUUUGCAUGGGACAGGAUGCUUUCAUGGAGCCCUUUAGCAACACAUUUUGUGACUUACAGUGCAAUAUAUAUUUUCUGCUUUUAGGUAUUUGUUCUGCACUAAGGCUGACGGUACCAUCACAUACUAUACAUGGCAUUGAAGGACAACCACUCCAUCUUACAGUUGACUACAAUUUCAACACUACAGCUUCUGAAAUCCAGAUAAUAUGGCUAUUUGAGAAACCUCAGAGUAUCCCCAAAUAUUUACUCGGCUCUGUGAAUCAGUCGGUAGUACCUGACCUGGAAUAUAAACACAAGUUUACCCUCAUACCACCUAAUGCAUCUUUGAUGAUCAAUCCAUUACAUGUUACUGAUGAAGGCAAUUAUAUUGUAAAAGUCAAUGUCCAUGGAAAUGGGACAAUAUCAGCCAAUCAAAAGAUUCAAGUCACUGUUGAUGUUCCUGUCGCAAAGCCAGUUGUACAAAUUGAACCUUCUUCGGGAGUAGUGGAGUAUGUGGGGAACAUGACAUUAACCUGUACUGUUGGAAAAGGUACAAGGAUAGGUUACCAGUGGAUGAAAAAUGGGAAACCUAUGCACGCCAGUUCUAGUUACACCUUUUCCCCAAACAAUGACACACUUUUAAUUGUCCCUGUCAUGAAAGAAGACAUUGGGAAUUACAGCUGUUUUGCAACCAAUCCUGUGAGUGCGAUGGAAAGUGAGAUAAUUGCACCAACUAUAUUUUAUGGACCUUAUGGACUUACAGUUAAUUCAGAUAAAGGGCUGAAAGUAGGGGAGGUGUUUACGGUUGACAUAGGAGAAGCUAUCCUAUUCGAUUGCUCAGCAGACUCAAAUCCACCAAAUACUUAUUCCUGGAUCCGAAGGGCUGACAAUACUACACAUGUUAUCAAAUAUGGACCCCAUCUGGAAGUUCUAUCUGAAAAAGUGGCCCAGACAACAGUAGAUUAUAUGUGCUGUGCUUACAACAAUGUGACUGGAAAACGGGACGAAACUCAUUUCACAGUGAUCAUUACUUCUGUAGGACUGGAGAGGCUUGCCCAGAAAGGAAAAUCUUUGUCAUCUCUAGCAGUAAUAACAGGAAUUUCAUUAUUUUUGAUCCUAUCUAUGUCCCUUCUAUUCUUAUGGAAAAGAUAUCAGCCACAUAAAGUUAUACAACGGCAGCUGCAGAGCAGGCCUGGAGCAGAUUACAGAAAGGCACAAACAUUCUCAGGGCAUGAAAAUGCUACAGAUGACUUUGGAAUAUAUGAAUUUGUUGCUUUUCCAGACCCCACUGGUGUUCCUACGGUUCCAAGUCAAUCUGUUUCUGGCUCUGACUUUGUCCAAGGGCAGGAUUUACACAGUACAGUUUAUGAAGUUAUUCAGCAUAUUCCAGAGCAACAGGAAGAUCAUCAAGAAGGUACAUGAAGAUGCAAGCACAGCAAAUCAAGGACAUCCUAAUGCAAAUGUUAACUUUGGUGUCUUUACUGGAAAUGGAAAGCAAAUGCCUGCAGCUCUCAAAAUGGCAAAGGACUAAGCUAGCAUUUCUGAAAUGAUAAUACUUUCUUAAUCUAGCCAUUUUUUUCUUUAUUGCUCCUCCCAUACUGGAUUUUGUUAUUGGUUUUGUUUAACUAAUGGUUUCUUGAAACAGCUGGGAUUUUUUAAUUGCUGACAAUGUUUUGCAUUAUGAACUACAAAAAGAAAACAGAACCAAAAGAAAAUAUAGAUAAUAAACACUAUAGCAUUAAGUCUGGGAUUGCUGCCUAGGAGUCAGACCAAAGGACUUUCCUUGCUAGUUAUAUCGUAACAUGGAAAGGAAAUUGUAUUAAACUUUCCAUUGGGUGGACUUUUAAAAGAGAAGCUGUGGCACAUUGGCAAUAAUAAACAAUACAAUGUGUCAGACUGAAAAAUAAAUCCUUUUAAAAAAAAAUCAGUAUCAAAAUUUUUCUUGUAACUUUAAUCUGUAAUUUACCAAUUUAUAAAAACUAAUUUGUCAUAGUUAGUUAAAAAUGUAUAUAUGUAUAUUAUUCAGAAUGUUUUGUUUUUAUUAAUUUGUGUUUCCUUUGCAUGUAAGCUGUCUUCCCAUUUUUAUCCUCUUAAGGCCCAGAUCCACAAAAGGUUCUUAGACUUUGUGAUCCAGGCGAGUUGCAACACCUAACAGUUAGGUGCCUAGACAAUUAUGGGAACAACACUGCAAUCCACAAAGCCUGAGUUAAGUACCUAGGCUCCCUGUACAAUGAAUGAGGAGAACUAAGCACCUUAAAGUGUGAUCCACACAAGUCAGGAUACUAGGCAGCUUUCUGCUUAAGCUACCCAAUGGGAGAUGGCGAUGAGAGGUGUGUGUGCUAAGCCCCACCCAUCUCAAAGAGAUAGGAACCAAAGUCUGGGCUGCAGGGAGGCACCCGUCUGUGCUAGUGAUCCACAAACUAGGGGGGAAAUAGGCACUCCUCCGCCUUAGUCACAUGCAGGGCCUGAUCCAAUAGGCAUGCUCAGAGGCCGUUUAACUCCACAGCUGGGGGUGGGGGUGGGGAGGAAGGAAGAGGAGGACAUCCCUUAUAACCCUUAGCCCAGUGGUUACAGCACUCACCCAAAAGGUGGGGACAUGACUCCUGCAUCAUGUCUCCACCCUUCUGAUGAGGAGAAGGGAUUUGAACAGGUGUCAUCUACCUCUUAGGAGACUGCUCUACCCACUAAGCUAUAUGGGAUAUUCUGAUGGGGGGAUUCCUCAAUCUCUCCUAUUGAAGCUGUUCCACUUUAAGUAAUUGAAUAAUUAAAUAUUAAUUGGUCCCAAAAAGAGUUAGAAUGACUAUAGACCAGUGGUGAGGACACUCAAAUGGGAAGUGGCAGAUUCCUGUUCAAAUCCCUUCUCCUCAUCAGGUCUUGGGGAUUUGAACUGGGGGGUCUCCUGCACCUUGGGUGAAUACCCUAAUAACUGGGAUGAAAGUUCUAAGAGGGAUGGUUGCUACUGCAUGAAGUUAGGCAGCCUCUCAUCACUCCUACUGGAUUGGGCCCUGCACAUGACUUAGUGGCCUUUCCCCUGCUUGUGGAUCACACGGGACUUAGGCAGGAGAUAGGUGUCCAGGCACCCAGAGUGAGGAAGCAGUGUGCGUGCUCAGGGACUGAAACAUAAGCACCUAGGGAAAUUUUAUUGUAAAAACUUGGACACCGAGACAGUUUAGGAGCUGAUUGGAUUAUGUGGCAGCGGAGCAGGAGUUUUGUGGAUCACAGUGGCACCCCAAAAUGGGAGUUAGGUGCCUCAGUACUUUUGUGGAUCCCACCCUGAGAGCCUGUUUUCUAUUCGUUAGAUAUCAGUUAAUCUAUGGGUAAUUAUUGUGAUCUGAAGGGGAGGCUAGACUAGAUCAACAUUUAAACAUCAGGAGGCUCCAAUAGUACCAAGAACCAUUGUGGUAGCAGAUGCAUAGGAAUGCAGAUAUUCUCUGUUGAGGCAUCCUGCUAUCAGGUGUUGCUAUACUGCAUGGAAAUGCAAGUGGACCACUGACUCACCCAAACAGGUGGAUUCAGUUAGAACCAACCAGGAUAUAAAAGGCAUUUGAGCCUAAGUAGAAGAUGGAACUAUGCUCUGGGAUAGAGUCUCUGUAAGGAAAACAAACUAACCACCCUAGUAACAGCCUGUUAUGGGGGAGAUGAUUAGGCAGAGGUUUAGGGUUGGUUGCUAUUGUUUCCAUUACCAGUAACUGGAGUAUACACAGCACUUAUGUACUUUAUUUACUAAGAGCAGCGUGGGAAUGUUGCAGGCUUUUGAAACAAUAAAAAACACAUUUCCUAUAUGGAGCUUAUUAAACUUUCUCUCGGUUUCCUUCUCUAAAGGAGAAUGAUCUCCCCUCCCUGUAAAUAUUUCCAUCUACCAUGGAGAGAUCAAAAGGGAAUCAGGGUGCCAUCUUCUGCACUAUAGGCAAUGAGAAUUUAGCAUUUCAUUGCUGCUGCUCCACAGCUUUGAAGGAAGUAGAGGGGUGAUCUCAAAGAUACUGUUGGUUCCACUGAUCACCCUUUUGUCCUUUCAGAUCCAGCCAAUUGGUGAAGAGGGGUCAGGUCAGGCUGAAAGUUCCCAUAUCUAUCCAGAACUCCUAAGAGUGCUGAAGUCACUGGGAAACUAUGUGGUCUAAUCCCCUAGAACUUUGUCCUUAUCCAAAAUAGAGAUCCACUUAUGCGGUCUUAAAGGUUGGGGCGGUUUUGAAAUGUGCAAAGUCUUUGAGUUGCCCCUUUGGAGCGGGCAAGAUAUUUGAAUUUCUCCUAAAACUCUGUAGUGGAGAUUUCUAAAGUGCUUUUCAACAUAGCAUCUAGCCACCCUUUAAUAUUGCUGCAGGGGCACCAGGGCUUCUUCCUGCUCCCAGGACAAAAGUGGAGGUGUUUGUAUAGUGACACAAAACUGAUUUAUAGUACCACUGCAGCACGCUGAUUUUAAAAUACUGCUAUUUUGUCUUUCACCCAAGUGACUGUUUGUAGCUUAAAUUCUAGCUGCUGCCUCUUAAUUGACUCUUCUCAAAUGCAGAAAAAGGGCAAAUUCCCAUUGGAAGAGAUAGCCUUAGGGCUGGUCAGUUUCUAUGGCAGAGAUGGGCAAACUACAGCCUGUGGGCUACAUCCGGCCCGUGGGACCGUCCUGCCUGGCCCCUGAGCUCCUGGCCAGGGAGGCUUACCCCCAGCCCCUCUCCUGCUGUCUCCUCUCCCCCGCAGCCUCAGCUCGCUCACUCUGCCGCCGGCACAAUGCUCUGGGUGGCGGGGCUAUGAGCUCCUGGGGCAUUGCAGUUGCAGAGCCCGGCCUGACCCGGACUCUGUGCUGCACGAUGGCGGCAGCAUGGCCUGGCUCCAGCCGGGCGGCGCGGCUGUAGCGCCGCCAGCCACCGGUGCUCCAGGCAGUGCAGUCAGGGGGCAAGGAGCAGUGGGGGCUGGAUAAAGGGCAGGGGUUCCGGAGGCAGUCAGGGGACAGGGAGAAGGCCUGGUUGGAUGGGGCAGGGUGUAAGCAUGCAGACUCUGCAGCCCUGGUACUGGUCUUAGGCCCUCAGCUAGGCCCACAGCCUGGGGGUUUUCCAGGCUGGAGCACCUCAGCUCCUCUAGCCUUCCCCCAGCCCUGCUCAGCUCCCUAGCAGCCAGGCCCUUCUCUCUCUCUCUCUGAAUGCAGAGAGAGACUGAGUGGGCUUCUGGCUCACAGCCUCUUAUUGGGGUGUGGCCCAGCUGUGUCCGCUUCCCCAAUCAGCCCAGCUUUUAGAGUUGCAGCCCUCUCCAGAGCUGCUUUUACCACUGCAGCCCUCUUUCAGGGCUGCUUUCAAGCCUUUCCGGGCAGGAGCGGGUGUCCACCCCGCUACACAGGGGUUCCAGGGUGGGCCGUCAGGAAUGAGAGGAAGGGUUGGA